UACACAAUUCCAUUACGCUUUCAUUCUGCCCUAGCCGACAAAUUCUACCCACAUCUUUGGAUUUGAAGUGGAAUCAGAAUGAGCUAAUUGUUCAAUUUUUUAAUUUGUUUUUUCCUAAUUCGCCCCUCUUUGAUUUUGGCGAAGAAAACUGUCGUGUUCUUCUGCCAAUUACCCACUUCCCAUUAUCCUGAAUCAUGAACCACUCCCAAUUUCUCUGUUCGUGAUUGUUGAUUCGUUUUCUUGAAUGGGUUUCUUAAUUGGUCUCUCCAAACGCAGGGGUUUUAUCAUCUUCUUGAAUCUCUCGUUUCUCUCACUGGCUUGUGCUUUUUUUGCGAUUCGAUUGCGCUCUCCAGAACCCCAUUUCGAUGUUCUCAACAAAAGCUUGAGGAAAAUCCAUGGCAACGCUCAGGAUGAUUGCCAGAGUUUUCUUAGUCUAACUGACUAUGAGGCUAAGUGCUCUGUUCUGAAAUCCAGCAACCCAUGUGAGACCCAAGGAUAUAUAGAUUAUCUUUACAUUUUCUAUUGCCAGUAUGGAAGUUUUGUGAUUUUGGGCUAUACUCUCCUGUUUCUGUGGCUUCUUGUUCUGUUCUAUCUUCUGGGUAACACUGCUUCUGAAUACUUCUGCUCUUCCCUUGAGAGCUUGUCAAAAUUGUUGAAUCUGUCCCCAACAAUUGCUGGUGUUACUCUGCUUUCUCUUGGCAAUGGGGCACCUGAUGUUUUUUCCAGCCUUGUUGCCUUCAUGGGGGAUGGAACGAGCGAUGUCGGUUUGAAUACGGUUCUCGGCGGAGCCUCGUUCGUCACCUGUGUCGUCGUCGGAAUCGUAAGCAUUUUGCUGCGUCGGCGUCGGAUCAAGGUGAAUAGGUCGGCCUUCAUAAGAGAUAUUUUGUUCUUCCUCUUGGCUCUCUUGUCUGUUUUCUUGAUUUUGCUUCAUGGUCAUAUCAAUCUUUGGGGUUCCAUUGGCCUUUUUUCCAUGUAUGUUGUUUAUGUUUUGGUUGUUUACAUCUCCCAUGUCCAAUGGAUUAGUUUCAGAAGUAAUAUCUGUGAACCCCUUUUGAAAGAGCCACCAAAAGGUGAGUUUGAGGGUCGAAAUGAAUCACGAGACGAUGACGACGAUGACGAUGACGACGAUGUUCGAAUUGACGUUAAUGAACUCUGUUUUUGUCCAAGAUUAUCACCUUCUUGUCUUGUUUUUCUUCGCAUUCUUGAGAUUCCUCUUUACUUGCCUAGAAGACUGACAAUUCCAGCCAUUGCUGAAGAAAACUGGUCUAGACCAUUUGCAGUUGCUUCAGUGACAUUGGCUCCCCUUCUCUUAUCCCUUCUUUGGACAUUUAACCUCUCAGACGAUGCUUCUCACCCGAACCUGAUCAUCUGUGUCAUCGGUUCGAUCCUCGGAGUUACUUUUGGAAUUCUUGCAUUUGUGACAACCGAGGAUUCAAGCCCGCCAAAGAAGUGCCUGUUCCCUUGGCUUGCAGCUGGCUUCACCAUGAGCUUAACAUGGAGUUAUAUUGUAGCUGAUGAACUGGUAGGCCUAUUGGUUUCACUUGGCUACAUAAUGGGCAUAAGCCCUUCGAUUCUAGGACUCACCUUCCUGGCUUGGGGAAACUCUCUAGGGGAUUUGGUUGCCAAUGUGACCAUGGCCUUGAACGGCGGGCAGCGGGGCGCCCAAAUCGCCAUCUCCGGCUGCUACGCCGGCCCCAUCUUCAACACUCUGCUUCCAUUUCGUGGGCAUGAUGAAAAUGAAGAUUCAAAAAAUCAAGAGAAUUUUCUUGAACACCUACAGUGGCUAUGCAACCACAAUAAGGAUAUUGAUGAUGUUGCUUUGAGAAAUGCUCCUGAAAAUUUGAAACUAAUUGCUCCAGAUAUACAAAAAGAUGUUGUGAAUUGUAUUGCAGUAGAAGUUGUUGAUGCAAUUAUAAGAGAUAUUAGUGAUAAGUUCUUUUCAAUUUUGAUUGAUGAGUCAAAGGAUAUAUCUCCGAAAGAGCAGAUGUCAAUUGUGUAG